UGCAAAAGAUUUGCGCUCUACACAGAUCGAUAGAACGUUCUUAUGUGUAUUAUGGUUUGACAACAAAUAAACUAUACUCAGUAUAUAUUUUCAAAUUCACUCAGUGAGUCGAGAUUUUCAUUCGAAAUAUAGUGAUUAUUAGCGUCUUAUACGCGGACAAUUAUUGUUGUAGUUUAUGAAAAGGUUCGCAAUGCAAUUUUUGCCAGACAUAAUCGAUCCGGAUCACAAUUGGGAACAAGAAAAUAUUGCAUUUGAUUCGAUAUCCGAUUCCAAUGUGGCACCCAUCGAAUCCAUAAUAUGGCGUGCUGGUGAUUUAAAGGCUAUGACUGAGUUCAAAAAUGUUGGUCAUUUGAUUAUAAAUCCGGAUGUUGACGUGAUAGAGCCUCAAUGCGAUUUUCUGGAUUUUAUCGCGGAAAAAACGUUUCGUCAUCAAAACUAACGUCAAUUGACACUGUUCCUAUGUAGUGAAAAUUAUAUUGUGCCAAAUGAAAACACAAAGAUGAAGCUAAAGUCGAUGCUUUCACACUUGCACAGUUUUAAUUUGGUUUCCGAAAAAGGAUUCAACUUGGAAACAUUGAAAGAACUGUUGUCAUCGUGCAUCAAUUUAACUUCACUAUCAAUCAAUUGUAUCAAGUACGUGGAUUUGAAUUGGAACAGCCUCAAUGUAAACAUUCCAAACUUGGUUGAGUUGAAAUUCCAUUUGAAUGUUUCAAUGAACGACGAUGGACUCGAACUGUUGCUAAAACUCAAUCCGAAUCUGAAAAAAUUGUAUUUGGACGAAUGUAUCAGCUUAACACCAAAUGCAAUUCAAAUUAUUGCACGCUGUUUGCCAAAUCUUGAAGAACUCUCACUGGGCUAUUUACUUCAGAAAGUUGGCGCUGUGGAUUUGUGGUGCCUUAGCGAAUUGAAGCAAUCAAAAUCUCUCACUGUCAUAUUGGGGCCAGCUCUAUCGAUCAUUCAUGUAAUGUCUGAAAACGGAAUUCCCAUUGAAAAUUUGAUUCUUUGGUAUGUCGACGUACCUGAUGCUCUUAUCGAUAAGAUAUUGAAACUGAAACAAAUCAAGAGCUUGGCAGUUUACAACAAUGGCAGUGUUAACAUUAAGGAUGCUCAUUUGGAGUUACUUGCUAAAAAUCUACCAUCCUUAACUGAAUUUCGGCUAAGUCAUUCGAAUCAUGUGACACUUGAUGCAUUGAAAAAUUUUGUGUGUUGUGCCAAAGUUCUUGAAUUGUUAGCUUUAAACGAUAUCAAAAAUAUUACUACUAAUAAUAAAGACGAUUUAUUGUAUUGCGUGGAUCAACACUCAAAUUUGGCAAUUGAAAUUGAUUCAAGCGAAAAUUCCACAGGAUUCAAUGUGAACAAUGGCUUAAAAUGUGAUCAACACUAA